AUCAACAACUGGUGGUCAAACAAACGAAGCACCAUUUCCUGGUUUGGUUGGGGUAAGGAGAAAGAGGAGAAGAAAAGCAGAGGCAGGAUACAACAAUCAAUGGAUGUUGAGGCAGUUGUCUCUGUGGUCAUACGGAAACUCACAGACCUGCUCAUACAAGAAUCAACCAUCUUCAACAAGGAGACUGAUGAGGUAGAGCUGAUCAGAAUACGGCUAAGACAGAUGCAAAACUUGUUAAUAGAUGCGGAAGAUAAAAAAGAACGCGACGAUGAAGUUAAGAAGUGGGUGAAAGAAUUUCUUGCUGUUGUUUACAAGGUGGAGGAUGCCAUUGAAACAUUUGUGCUCUGGAGAAUGCAUAUAAGGAGUAUACGCUUCACAAGGAGGUGCUUUUUCAUUCACAAGAAGUUGAAGGCUGGUACAGACCUUCGUAAUGAGAUGAAGAAGGUCAAGAAAAAGAUCGGGGAGCUUGGCCAUAUCUGGAAGCAGAGAGUUCAGGAAUCAUACCAUGGUGAUCAGCCCCCCAGGAUUGAGGAAUAUUCAACUGUGGGCGGCCCAUCAAGCUAUCAAGAUGAAGGGACAACACAGAAUCAGGAAGCCAGUUCUAGCUAUUCUGUGGAUGAAGAAUCAGACAUCAUUGGCUUCAGGGAGGAUAAAAGAAAGCUGAUGAGCAGGCUAACUGACACUUUCUACCGACGUCUGGACGUCAUCUCAAUUUUAGGCGAGGUUGGCUCUGGCAAGACUACCCUUGCAAGGCAAAUAUAUGACAGUAGUGAGAUUGAAGGUCAUUUUAAUUGCUGCGCAUGGGUUUCUGCCUCUAAUAACCUUACAGAUGUCUUCCGGAGCAUACUGGAGCAGAUCGACAAUUCAACGGUUGAUAAGGAAUCUACCCGAGAAAAAUUGGUAAAGAAGCUCCGUGAGAAUUUGGAGAAGAAACGGUACCUGGUGGUGUUGGAUGAUGUGCAGACACGAGACGCUCUGAAAAACCUGCGUGACGCGUUGCCAAAAGAAACUAAUUGUAGCAGGGUGAUGUUGACAACUAGCAAAGAAGGCGUCGCUAGGAUUGCAGAUCCAAUGCGAUUGCCUUAUCAGCUCAAGCCACUAAAAGAUGAGGACGCAUGGGAUUUGUUCCUGAAAAAGGUACGCUUACCAGAUCAUGUUCAGUUCUCUGGUUCCAAAAUAGUCAAGCUCAAAAGAAAAAUCAUAAGAACAUGCAAGGGCUUACCUCUGGCAAUCGUGGUACUUGGAGGUUUUCUGUCGACCAAACUUGCGAGCUAUGAAGAAUGGUUGAAAGUUCUUGAGCACCCAAGUUGGCAGCUUAAGGGAAAUGAAGUCCAGUUCUCAAAAAUCUUGGCCUUAAGUUACGACGAUCUGCCCCUCCACUUGAGGCCUUGCCUGUUUUAUUUUGGGCAUCACCCAAAAGGACACGAAAUUCCAGUGAGAACCUUACGAAGAUAUUUAUGGCUUGCAGAAGGGUUUGUAAAGCAGUCAUCUGAAAGGGCUCCAGAGGAUAUGGGGGAAAGAUAUCUGAGAGAACUUAUAAACCGAGAGAUGAUUCAAAUAACAACACGGAGAAAAGAUGGGGGUACCGAAAGAUGCCGUCUGCGUGGCGAGCUACACGAUUUCAUCUUGUCAAAGGUAAAAGAUACUGGCCUUUUCCACAUCCACGGAAAUACGUUGGAUCAUGAAACAGAUGCAUUUUCAAGCUUUCAAGAUGGAGGGCCAACACAGAAUCAGCAAGCCAGUUCUAGCUAUUCUGUGGAUGAAGAAUCAGACGUCAUUGGCUUCAAGGAGCACAACAGAAGGCUGGUGAGCAGGCUAACUAACACUUCCUAUCGACAUAAUCUGGACGUCAUCCCAAUUGUAGGCGAGGUUGGCUCUGGCAAGACUACCCUUGCAAGGGAAAUAUAUAACAGUAAUGAGAUUAAAGAUCAUUUUAAUUGCCGCGCAUGGGUUUCUGCCUCUAAUAACCUUACAGAUAUCUUCCGGAGCAUUCUGGAGCAGACUGAUGACAAUUCAACGGUUGAUAAGGAAUCUACUCAAUCAGAAUUGGCAAAGAAGCUCCGUGAGAAUUUGCAGAGCAAACGGUACCUGGUGGUGUUGGAUGAUGUACAGACACGAGAUGGACUGAAAAACUUGCGUGACGCCUUGCCAAAAGAAAGUAAUGGUUGCAGGGUGCUGUUGACUACUAGCAACGAAGACGUCGCUAAGAUUGCAGAUCCACGGCCUUAUGGCCCUUAUCGCCUCAAGCCGCUUAAAGAUGAGGAUGCGUGGAAUUUGUUCAUGAAAAAGGUGCGCUUACCAGAUAAUGUUGAGUUCUCUUAUGUGGAAAUAGUGGAGCUCAAAGAAAAAAUUAUAAAUAGAUGCAAGGGCUUGCCUCUGGCAAUCGUGGUGCUUGGAGGUUUUCUGUCGACCAAAAGUGCAAGCUAUCAAGAAUGGUCGAAAGUUCUUGAUCACCCAAGUUGGCAGCUUGAGGGAAAUGAAGUAAAGUUUUCAAAAAUUUUGGCCUUGAGUUACUAUGAUCUGCCCUUCCACUUGAGGCCUUGCUUGCUUUAUUUUGGGCUAUUCCCAAAAGAAAAGAAAAUUCCUGUGAGAAGGUUAUUGCGUUUAUGGCUUGCAGAAGGGUUUGUAAAGCAGUCACCGGCGAUGACUCCAGAGGAUAUGGUGGAAAGCUAUCUGGAUGAACUGGUAAACCGGAACAUGAUUCAAAUAAAAACACACAGAAAAGAUGGGAGUCGCAAAACUUGCCUUAUGCCUGGUGCCCUGCACGAUAUCUUCUUGUCAAAAGCAGAAGCUAUUGGCCUUCUCCACACCCACCGAACUAUUUUAGAUGAUGAAACGGGUGCAUCACCGAAGCUUGGUUUUCGCCGGGUUGCUGAGCAUGGUGACCAGGCAUUCAAACGAUCAUAUGGUCAACAUUUGCGGUCUUACUUGUCUUUCAACAUUCAAACGAACGACAUGCCCGCCAAGGAAAUAGGGAACUUUCUCAACGAAGUCAUUGAUCGUCGAGGAUUUGGAUUUCUCAGGGUGCUUGAUCUAGAGGGUGUAUACAAACCCAAAUUGCCCGAGAAUCUUGGGAAACUGUAUCACUUAAGGUACUUGGGUCUCAGAUGGACCUUCUUGGAUACUCUUCCCCGCUCUGUUGGUAAGCUGCCCUACCUCGAGACCUUGGAUGUGAAGCACACCUAUAUCAGCUCUCUACCCAAAUCUAUUUGGAAGAUGAAACACCUCCGGCAUCUCUGUCUGAAUGAAAUACGCCUUGACAUGUCUGUACAAAAGCAUCACCGUUCUCUUACUCAGCUCCAGACGUUAUGGGGAUUAUUUGUGGACAAGAGAAGUCCAGUGAAGAAUGGUUUGAAUGGGUUAAUCAAUCUCAGGAAACUGGGUCUGACAUAUCAUUUGGACUCCGCUCAAGAACUAAAUGAGUGGAUUGCAAGACUGGCAAGUCUUCAAUCUCUGAGAUUAAGAUCCAAGAACGCAAGUGGUCGACCUUCAAAGCUGGAAUUAAAGCCUCUGUCAAGCCUUGAGAAUCUCACCCACCUGUAUUUACUUGGAAACUUACCGGAGCUUCAUGAUAGGUACGAAUUCCCUCCGAGGCUUGGAGUUCUUACUUUAUCAGUCUCAAAGCUGGCAAAAGAUCCCAUGCCAAUCCUAGCGCAGCUGCCAAGUCUUUCUGUCCUUAGGCUAUUGGCCGAUUCCUACACUGGCGAGGAAAUGGAGUGCCGUCGUGAAGGAUUCACUGCACUUCGCGUGCUGAAGCUCUGGAUGCUGAAGGGAUUAGAGAAAUGGAUAGUGGAGGAAGGAGCAAUGCAGAAUCUCAGAGAAUUAGAAAUCCGAUCCUGUCACAAUCUAAAGGAGCUUCCACACAAGUUGCUAAAUCUGAGCAACAUUCAGGAAAUAGUUUUAACGGACAUGCCCGAGGGAUUUGCAGAAAAUGUUCAAGCCGACGAGCACAAGAAAAAAAUAAUCACCACCAGAAAGUCUCCGGUGUGAAGCAGGAGAUAGUGUGGCUUUGCGCUAAAAACUAGGAAGACAAACUGAGUCAAGGAGCUGCCACCCAAUCGAACACCCUUUGCUAAUUGUUUUCUGUUCUUGUUCUUGUUGCUGCUGCUGCUGUGUUUUCGUGGUUAUUUGUUAAGAGAGCUACUCUAUGUCAUGUUAGAAACAUUGCGCGAUUGUUCGCUUUA